AAAAGAGGAGGCCAGAUUCAUAAUGGGUCUUCCCUCUUAUGCAUGAGAGACUCAACUUCAACUGUUUCACUCGUUUGAUGCUUCUUUUUGCUGUUCAGGGCUCUGAGAGACAGAAACAACCAGUUUCAGAAAACCAACAAAAUUUUCUUCUCUCUCUCUCUCUCUCUCUCUCUCGUACACACACACACACACACAAGUUGCCAAAAAAUUUUUACAACUGUGUUCGAUUCAGGGUGAUAAUUACCCCAUGGUGCUAUUCCAGGUCUUUUAUGGCUCUUGAGGCUUCACGGAUAGCGAUAAUAGACACUGGACCACUUGGUUUAAUGCAAUUCUUAGCCUUUUUGGUUUGACUUUAUUCAACUUUUUGAGUUUUUCCUGCUGGCUUACCCAAAUCACUGUUAGGUUUCCAUCAAUUUUCGCCUGCAAGUUGGAUUAUAUGUUUGUUUUGGUUGAGCCGAAGCUCAUGUUAAGGCUUUAAGUGGGUCAAUUUUGCAAGAAUGUCUGUGAAUCGGAAGCUCCCUGGGUUAAAUGGCAGGAUGCCACCAAGUUCCAAGUCAGCUAAGUCAAAUGAAGCUUUGCAUGAGUCUAAUUCUUCACUCAGGAAAUGCAAGAAGAAGAAGCCCUUUUUCGUGUGGGGUUUGCUUGGUCUUGUUGCGGUGGGGAUUGUGUGGUUCUUCAUCAGUUUCCACAGUGACUCGUUCAUGUUGAGGAAGGAGCAAAGGUUGGGUGAUUGUGAAGAGAGAGCUCGAAUCUUGCUACAGCGUCACAAUAUCAGCAAAAAGCAACUCCAUGCUUUCGUUUCCUUCUUCUCUGUAUCAGAUCAGAUUUUAUCCCAAUGUAUCGAUGAAAGAAGAGUGCAAAAGCUGUUAAGCAGUGACCUUGGCAAUACCUUGCAGAUGACAUUUUCAGAGAAUAAGGUGUUACAUAGGGAGCAUAUAUGUGGUCCAGGCCAAGUAGAACUUAUGGAACAAUGCCCAGUUCUCAAUGAUUCUGUGCAGAGAAAUCUGGAAUCAUUACAGCUAGUGGAAAAAACUGUAUCAUUCGCUUCAUACUCUGCUAUCAUGUCCAAUUUGGGCAAUAAUUUGUUUCAUGGCAAGAACAUUGUGCAGUCAUGGGUAUUGGAGUUAGUUAUCCAGGGUUAUCUGGUAUUGUGUAUAGGAUGCUGGGGGAUUCUUCUUGUAAUUACAAUUUGUUGCAGAUGGGCUGGGUUUCCUUUCCUUUGGAAUCAGAAGCUGGUUUCACAGCCGAAACAGUUGCAACAUUCUGCAGGGCAAAAUCCAAAGGGUGCUGGGAGUUGGAGGAAAAAGCUUUUAGUUACAUUUGUGUUACUUGGAAUAGUUGUGUCCAUUUGGUUAUUCUGGCACCUGAGUAAUGAUAUUAAGCUGAGGAGAGUAGAAAUGCUUACUAAUAUGUGUGAUGAGCGAGCUCGCAUGCUGCAAGAUCAGUUCAAUGUGAGCAUGAACCACGUUCAUGCUCUGGCUAUUCUUGUGUCCACCUUUCACCACAGUAAACACCCAUCUUCUAUUGACCAGAAAACAUUUGGAGAAUAUACAGAGAGAACAGCAUUUGAGAGACCACUCACCAGCGGUGUUGCUUAUGCUCUGAAAGUUCUCCACUCUGAUAGGGAGCAUUUUGAAAAGCAGAAUGGGUGGACGAUUAAGAAAAUGGAGACUGAGAAUGAAACACUUGUCCAAGAUUGUAUUCCGGAAAAUCUUGAUCCUGCACCCAUUCAAGAUGAAUAUGCACCAGUGAUAUUUGCUCAAGAAACUGUUUCCCAUAUUGUAUCUAUCGAUAUGAUGUCUGGAAAGGAAGACCGUGAGAAUAUCUUGCGAGCAAGAGCAACAGGAAAGGGAGUGCUAACGUCUCCUUUUAAACUACUGAAGUCCAAUCACCUGGGUGUUGUCCUUACAUUUGCUGUCUACAAUGCUAAUUUUCCUCCACACGCUACACCGAAGCAACGCAUUGAAGCUACUGUUGGGUACUUGGGUGCUUCCUAUGAUGUUCCAUCACUGGUGGACAAGCUCCUUCACCAACUUGCCAGCAAGCAAACCAUUGUUGUAAAUGUUUAUGAUACAACUAAUGCUUCUGCACCUAUCAAAAUGUAUGGUACUGAUGUUGUUGAUACUGGGUCACUACAUAUAAGCAACCUGGAUUUUGGGGAUCCUACACGAAAACAUGAGAUGCAUUGCAGGUUCAAGCACAAGCCUCCACUACCUUGGACGGCAAUCAAUGCAUCAGUUGGGGUACUUGUUAUUACUUUGCUUCUUGGUCAUAUUUUUUAUGCAGCAAUCAGCCGAAUAGCAAAAGUGGAGGAUGACUAUCGUGAAAUGAGGGAGCUCAUGGUUCGAGCUGAAGCUGCAGAUGUAGCAAAAUCUCAGUUUCUGGCAACAGUUUCACAUGAGAUUCGGACUCCAAUGAAUGGUGUUUUAGGUAUGCUGCAAAUGUUGAUGGAUACUGAACUAGAUGAUAGCCAGCUGGAUUAUGCUCAGACUGCUCACAAGAGUGGUAAAGAUCUUAUAUCAGUGAUAAACGAGGUUCUUGAUCAGGCUAAGAUUGAGGCAGGAAAGCUUGAACUUGAAGCUGUAGAACUUGAUCCGCGUUCUAUUCUAGAUGAAGUCCUAUCACUCUUCUCGGGAAAAUCUAAUGAAAAAGGAAUUGAGUUGGCUGUUUAUGUGUCCAAAGUGGUGCCAGAAGUUGUCAUUGGUGAUCCUAAACGAUUCCGGCAAAUAAUAACUAAUCUUGUUGGAAAUUCACUCAAGUUCACUCAUGUUAAAGGACAUGUAUUUGUAUCGGUUCAUCUGUCAAAUGAAGUAAAGAGCCCGCUUGACACUAUGGAUGUUGUGCUGAGUCAAGGGUUCCAGGACAUUUCAGACAAAACAUAUAAUACAUUGAGUGGAUUUCCUGUUGUCAAUAGAUGGAAAAGCUGGGCAAAUUUCAAAAGGCUAAGCAGUAUGAAUCUGAUGGAUGAGCCUGGAGUGAUUCAGUUACUAGUGACGGUUGAGGAUACAGGAAUAGGGAUUCCUUUGGAUGCCCAAAACCGCAUAUUCACCCCUUUUAUGCAAGCUGAUAGUUCCACCUCACGAACAUAUGGUGGGACUGGAAUAGGACUGAGUAUUAGUAAACGUUUAGUCGACCUCAUGAGAGGAGAAAUCGGAUUUGCAAGUGAACCUGGGAUUGGCAGUACCUUUUCCUUUAGUGCAACUUUCAGGAUGCCGAAAGCCUCAUCUCUGGAUACAAAGCAGCAGCAGUGCGAUCCUUUUGUUUCAGAGUUUCAAGGAUUGAGAGCACUUGUGGUGGAUAGAAGAAAAAUCCGUGCUGAAGUUGCAAGAUAUUAUCUGCAGAGGAUGGGGAUGUCUGUGGAUGUUGCUUAUAGUGUUAACUCCGCAUGCUCUUAUCUAUCUGGUUCUUCCAACAAGAGCAUUUCUCAACAGUUGGAGAUGAUUCUGAUAGAAAAGGAUGUCUUGGAUAAAGAAAGUAGUGAAUUGUAUGUUAUCAAGCAGCACAGGCAGGAUGACAUCAAAAGAGACCCAAAAUGUUUUCCCAAGAUUUUCCUCUUGACCAACAAGCUUAGUCCUGAUGAACGUGGUGAGCUAAAAUCUGUUGGUGUUGUAGAUGAUAUUCUAAUGAAACCUCUUUGGUUUAGUGCUUUGAUUCGCUCCUACAGAGAAGCCCUUGGAAGUGAGAAGAAGCAAAUAAUUAGAAAGAAAGAACCAAACCUUGGGAACUUGCUAAGACAGAGACAUAUUUUGGUGGUUGACGACAAUGCAGUGAACAGAAAAGUAGCUGAAGGUUUGCUACGAAGAUAUGGGGCUAAAGUAACCUGUGUGGAGGGUGGCAAGGCUGCCUUAAAGAUACUUAAGCCACCACAUAGUUUUGAUGCUUGUUUCAUGGAUCUCCAAAUGCCAGAGAUGGACGGAUUUGAAGUGACCAGACAAAUCCGCAGUCUGGAGAGAGAGUUAAAUGAAAAAAUUGCACAUGGUGAAGGAUCAUCAGAGAUGUUGGGCAAUGUGGCUCAUUGGCACAUGCCGAUAUUGGCUAUGACAGCUGAUGUAACUCAAGCUUCAAUCGAAAAGUGCAAUAUGUGUGGGAUGGAUGACUAUGUGUCAAAGCCAUUCGAAGUAGAACAGCUCUAUGAGGCAGUGGCUCGUUGCUUUGGGUCUGGUUGCUGAGUUGAAAUUACGUGUUUAUAAUCUCUACCAAGUCAUGACGGCAUCCUGUUUGCAAUGGUUGACUGGUAUCUCUGUCUAGCAUGUCUUUAAUCAAGAACACAACAACCAGCAGCAGAGAGGUAGCUGGUGGAUAUUUCCCAGCUAAGAAUUAUCUCCAGAUGCAGUAAUGGUUGCAAACAGCUUCAAAACAAGACAUGGCAUGCUGGCAUUAAAUGUGUGGCCUUGUUCAUUGUUACGGAUGCUGAGUGAGGGUGCUGUUGAUAUUCAAAGGACAAGAAAGCGGUCAGAAUGGAAUGAAAUUGGAAUUUUGCAUGUAUAUACUACAUAACACGGUUUUGUUCCCACUUUUCUCAUUUCUUAUGUAUUUUAUAUUUAUAUUCAACUGAAGGAAGUAGGAAAAGAUAUGGUGUUAUUGUGAUGUAGUCUGAUCGUAUAGCGUCAUUUGUUGUAUGUUGUAAAGUUUCUAGAGUUGAAAAUAGAUGAAAAUAAAAGCGUAGGAAGGAAAGUGGAUUGUAUAUAUA